AUGGCGACGGCAGGCAAGAAGAAGGAAUUCCUUUGCAUCAUGCCUGAUCGGCCCAAUGUUCUUGAGUUGAGAAAGAAAGUCAAAGCUGGCCACUAUGAAGGCAUACAGCCGUUGAUUGCCCGAGGCAAGCUUGUUGAUGGAGGUCAGUUUAACGAAAUUUAUGGUAUUGGUUCAUGA